AUGUCUUCAUAUUGCAAUCGCCGUCGCCUGGAGACAAUCCCGGCCGCAACCGUCGGCGGAGAAAAAGAAGUAGACCAGAUAUCGAGAUUACCGGACGAGAUCAUCCAUAGGAUUCUCUCACUCGUAGACCCCCAAAAGGAAGUUGCAAAAGCCAGCGGCCUAUCCCAUAGAUGGUCCAAGCUCUGGCGAUCUUACCCAAUCCUUGAGUUCCACAAUACCCAAUUCGAUUCAACCAAAUUGGCGGAGAUAUUUGACGCCGCCGCGUCGGAUAAGUUCAGUCGUAGUAUCGCCAUGGAAGCCGUCAGGAUCAAGUUCACUCGUCCAAAGAAGUGGGGCGUAAAAUUCUGCUCUGCUUUUGUCGAUAACAUGUUGGAUUUGGCUACAAAGAGAUCUCCCUUGCCCCAAGAGAUCGACAUUGAAGUAGAAUUUGAUCGCAAGACUCACAGCCAUGUCAAUUUUGAUGGUUCGGGGAAGAGAUAUAGAUGGGAAAAGAGAUUUCAAGUCAUUCUCGUUGUCCUUUGUUGGUGA